GCUUAGAAAAGAAAAAAGAAAGAAAAAAAGAAAAACCCAUGAAAAUGGAGGUGAUUUGCAGUCCCUCGUCUCUUUCAUGGACUCGUUCCAUCUCUCAUUCUCUUCACAUCCCUCACUCUUUCUCUGUGGGGGAGACGAGCAGGUUCAGGGUUUCUUGUAGUGCUUCUCAGUCCCAGAAGGCAAAUCGGAUGACUGUAUCAGUGACGGGAGCUACCGGUUUUAUAGGUAAAAGAUUGGUGCAAAAACUUCAUGCAGGUACCAAUAGUUAUUAUGUUUUGACACGGUCUAAAUCAAAAGCUGAGUUAAUAUUUCCUGUGAAGAAUUUCCCAGGAAUCAUAAUUGCAGAAGAGGCUGGGUGGAAGGAUUGUAUUGAAGAAUCGAAUGCGGUUGUAAAUUUGGCUGGAAUGCCCAUAAGCACAAGAUGGUCUGCUGCGAUUAAAAAGGAAAUUAAGGAAAGCAGGAUCAGAGUCACGUCAAAGGUUGUAGAUUUAAUUAAUAAUUCACCUCGAGAAGUUCGGCCUACUGUGUUAGUUAGUGCAACCGCUGUUGGUUAUUAUGGCACGAGUGAAACACUAGUAUUCGAUGAGAGCAGUCCAUCAGGAAAUGAUUACUUGGCUGAGGUUUGUAGAGAAUGGGAGGGAACAGCGCUUAAAGUAGAUAAGGAUGUUAGGUUAGCUCUUAUUCGCAUCGGAGUGGUACUUGGAGAAGAUGGCGGUGCUCUAGCUAAAAUGGUCCCUCUCUUCAAGAUGUUUGCCGGAGGACCUUUGGGAUCCGGAAAGCAAUGGUUUUCCUGGAUUCACGUGGAUGACAUAGUGAACCUAAUAUAUGAAGCUUUAUCCAAUCCAUCUUAUAAAGGUGUUAUAAACGGAACUGCACCAAAUCCGGUUCGAUUGUCGGAGUUGUGUUCUCAAUUGGGAAAUGCCAUGGGCCGACCAUCAUGGCUUCCGGUGCCCGACUUUGCCCUCAAAGCAGUAUUAGGGGAAGGUGCUACAGUGGUUCUGGAGGGACAGAAGGUGCUCCCUGUAAAAGCCAAGGAAUUGGGUUUCCCAUUUAAGUACCCUUAUGUUAAGGAUGCCCUUGAAUCCAUUCUUAAAUAGAAAUUUCUAGGGUUCUUUCAAUUUUUUGUUAUUAGAGGUUUCAAAAUUCGGAUCAAUAUGGUAAAAAUUCAUUAUAAGAACGGUGUUUCCAAGUUAA